CAUGUGGCUGCCAGGGCAAAAUCCGUUUACCGGCAGCACAAACUGCUACAACUGCAACUGCAACUGCAACUGCAACUGCAACUGCAACACCAGCCAAACCAGCAACUGCCGCCAGUUGCCGUCAAUUAUCGCUCAAUAUAUUCUCCGUUGGCCUGUGAUAAACCCCCUAGCGUUCUUAAUGAACGACCUUCGGUCCAAGUCAUUCUAUCGUGCAGGCAAACCAACAUCUGCAGCAUCCGCAUCGGCCGCAUCGGGCGCGACCAGCAGCGCCAAGUCGUUCGCCAAGGGCCAGAACAACAAUCCCCGUACUUACAACAACAGCGGCAAGUCGAACAAGGUGUUCCUGCACUACAUCCCCCGCGACCCGCGCCUAAGAAUCUUCAACAGAACCGCCACCCUGAAUAAACACUCUAACCGCACCCUAAGCGAGCUAAACAUAACUGAAGAUCUGUGCAAUUAUGGUGAAUUGAUUGGCGGCGGCGCCGAAACAGUGAAACUAGUGCCAGUGAAAUCUUAAGAAUAUCAACACCACAGAU